AAGGACGGACACCUGUCGUUAAGUAGUGAUUAAAUUCGGUUGGUUACUUUUUGGUCGAAGUACUGUGCUCUAAUAACGAAAAUAAAAAAUGGUUCAGAUCAGUGGUUCUUACCAAGCAGUUUCUAACGAGAACUUCUUGGAGUACAUAAAAUCAUUUGCUGUUGCUGACGAAAUUGCUGAAAAAAUUGCCAACUCGAAAACUCCAGUUGUCAUUGAGGAGGAAGGUGAUGAUAAAAUAACAAUAACGUAUGGUGGCCAACCUACAACUUACGUCUAUGGACAAGCAGUAGAUGUAACUCUUCCAACUGGUAGCACUGUCAAAGCUAUUGCUACCCGCAAUGGAAACACCAUUACAUUCAAUAGUACUUCCAUUAAAAACGCUGACGUAAAGGAAACUAAAACUUUCGAGUUUAGUGAUUCUGGAUUAACUUCGACAUCAGUUAACCACAAAGGACUCAAAGCUGCUGUGCACUAUAAGAGACUGUGAUAUAAUUAGGUACAUUAUAUAAUUUUUGUAUUAAUUUUGAUUUAAAAAAUAAAUAGUAAAGUUAUUUCUAAUUUUA